AGAACCGUCAAAACAUAUAUGAUAAGAAAACAUCUGCAAAAUCUUUCUAGUUUCUUCCGCAGUAGAAUCUGGGGUUUUGCCGUUUUGGUGCCUGUAGGAUUUGCUCCCCGAGGUCUAUCGAGUAGUUCUCUUUGGUGUUCUUCUCUGAAAUCAAGGGCUGUCUUACAACACAAAUGAAACGAUUCUGAAGCAAGCUUUCGAGGACUUUGGUGAAGUUAUUGAAGGCAAUAUGUUUAACCCUUUGGCCCUUCUUCUUUUAAUGCAUUUCAUUUUUCCGAGCUGAUAUAUGAUCGGUUAUGCAUGAACAGCUAAGGUAAUAUGUGACCACGUGAGUGGAAAGUCGAAGGGUUAUGGAUUUGUGCAUUUCAACUCUGAGACUGCCGCAAGUAAAGCUUUAAAGGAAAUGAAUGACAAGGUGUUGGACAAUAGGAAUAUCCGUGUUGAUUACGCCCUUGGUAAAUGAGAGCAAGGUCCAUAUAGGUGAUUAUUGUAUUUUAUUCACUUGCUUAAAAUGUAGGAACACUUCUGGUAGAAUUAAUUAGUGUUGAUUGUUAUUAGUAUCAUCAUUAUUCUUAUUGGUGAACAAAAUGUUAAAUUCCAUGCUGCUCAAUCUUGAGGCAGUAGAUUUGUGCUAUAGGUUGUGUUUUUUUCUUUGUCGGGAAUUCCCAAGUUGAGUUCAGUUGCUAGUUGCAACUUUCAGAAUUACAAUUCAGAGAAUUUUGAUGAGCUGUUUACUUUUGUCUUAUUUGAAUACAAUGUCAAAGAUAUAUUGUGCUAAAAUGAUGUCUGUAAAUAAUGAAUGAUGGUAUUGUAGUGGUAUUUGUUUCGAUUAUUUUCUCAUGAAAAGAUCAUCAUUGAAGGAUUGCUAAGUACAAGAUAUGAUAUGUUUGUAUACUAUUUGCAGAUUUGUGAAGGUGAGAAGUGCGAAGACUAAAAGAUCCGAAUAAGAGAAGUCCUCCAAACUAAGUUUAUUCAAACUUCACAUCAAAGAAACUGUGUUUUAGGCUUAAGAUCCAUUUCCAGUUCUAAUGGGAUCAUCUUUACUUAUGCUACCUAAGAUUCAGCUACAAUAUACCACACCACGGUGGUACAGGAAUGCUCAUUACGGACCAUUAUCUUUAACAACUUCCCUUUCCCAUCUCGUGGUGACAAAUUCAGUUUUAUCGACAACCUUGUCUACACAUAGAAAGCUAUUUUGUGGGAUUACAGCAAGUGUCAUCUCUGAUUCUAAAAUGCCUACGACAUUCACUGCCGAUUCAGCUGGUGGAGUGGUUGAUGUGCUACCUGAUACUGGUGGAGGUGGGGAUGAUUUUGGCAAUUCUAAUGGAGGGGAUGAUGGUGGCGGUGGUGGUAGUGGAGGUAAUGAUGGUGGUAAUGGUAACAAUAAAAAUGAAGGUGAAGGCAAGGAUGACGACGCAGGCAGCAGCAAGAAAAACGUUGGAAUGUCCAUGUCUCAAAAGUUAACUUUAGGCUAUGCUCUAUUGGUUGGAGCGGGUGGAGUGAUGGGAUGUCUGAAGAGUGGCAGCCAUAAAUCAUUGCUAGCUGGUGGAUUAUCAGCCUCACUUUUGUAUUAUGUCUAUACAACGCUUCCCACGAACCCUGUUUUUGCAUCGUCACUUGGUCUUGGGCUGUCUGCAGCACUUUUGGUAGUGAUGGGUUCCCGCUUUAGGAGGUCAGGCAAGAUUUUCCCAGCUGGUGUGGUCUCCUUUGUUUCGUUCGUCAUGAGCGCUGGUUAUUUGCAUGGGGUUCUGCGCAGUGUGCACUAGUUUUGUCUUUAAAAUGCAGACACUUUGUUCCUUGCUUUGUUCAGUUGAGUGUUCAGAUGAUUCAUGGCAAUGAUUGGUUUGAGGAACUUAAUUGUUUAUCUUUCUUUACUUGGCUCGUACUAUCUAGAUGCCAUUCUGUUUUACCACUUUGUACCUCUGUUCCUAAAUAAGGCAUAACUUGAAUGUUCUCUGGUUCUUUUUGAUUAGUCAUGUUAGAGUCUCUGUGGAGUAUGUUAGGGAUAGAUUAAGAUGGUUUCUGCCAUUAGCAGGUGAUCAACCAUACUGUGAUGGAUCAAUUACUCUUGAUGAAUACGAAUGUGUUGAGCACUAAUCAGAUUUUCCAAGUUGAACAUUUUCUUAAGAAUUUUCGAAGUACCAAAUUAGUAAUGGAG